CAGUCGUCCUCUCUCUCUCUCUCUCUCUCUCUCUCUGCUGGUCCAGCUUGGUUUCCUCUGUGUGGCUGACCUGAGCAGACUUUUGCGAGCGAGCGUGGGGAGAGAAGAAAGAGGAAGACAAAGAGUUAGCCCAUGCGAGCAGCGUGUGGAGUGAGUGCAGCUGUUUCUUUCAGAGAAGAGCCCAACAUGUGAGAAGAUGUCUGUUGGAGGUUGUGCUUGCCCCGGCUGUUCGUCAAAGUCAUUCAAGCUGUACUCUCCUAAGGAGCCCCCCAACGGUGGCAGCUUUCCCCCUUUCCACCCAGGCGCUAUGCUGGACAGAGAUGUGGGGCCUACACCCAUGUACCCCCCGUCAUACAUGGAGCCUGGAAUGGGGAGACCCACACCGUAUGGGAACCAGACAGACUACCGGAUAUACGAGCUGAACAAAAGACUACAGAACUGGACAGAGGACUGUGACAAUCUCUGGUGGGACGCGUUCACCACAGAGUUCUUUGAAGAUGACGCUAUGCUUACCAUCACUUUCUGCCUGGAAGAUGGUCCCAAACGAUACACCAUCGGCAGGACGUUGAUUCCUCGAUACUUCAGAAGUAUUUUCGAAGGGGGCGCCACUGAAUUGUUCUACGUCUUGAAGCAUCCUAAGGAGUCCUUCCACAGUAACUUUGUGUCUCUGGACUGUGACCAGUGCACCAUGGUGACUCAGAACGGCAAGCCCAUGUUUACACAGGUUUGUGUCGAGGGCCGUCUGUACCUAGAGUUCAUGUUUGACGACAUGAUGCGGAUCAAGACGUGGCACUUCAGCAUCAGACAACACCGAGAGGUCCUACCGAGGAGCAUUUUGGCUAUGCAUGAUCCCCAGAUGCUCGAUCAGCUGGCCAAAAAUAUCACCAGAUGCGGGCUGUCCAACUCCACACUCAACUACCUCCGUCUUUGUGUGAUAUUGGAGCCCAUGCAAGAGUUGAUGUCCAGGCAUAAGACCUACAGCUUGAGCCCCAGAGACUGCCUGAAGACCUGCCUGUUCCAAAAGUGGCAAAGAAUGGUCGCGCCUCCAGCCGAGCCAGCAAGACAAGCUCCAAACAAGCGGCGGAAAAGGAAGGUGUCCGGGGGAAGCACCGUGAGCUCUGGCGGCGGCAGCAAUAACAACAGCAACAGCAAAAAGAAGAGUCCAGCGAACAGCUUUUCACUCUCCAGCCAGGUACCUGACCUGGUUGGAACAAAAACCUGUACAGUGCCGGAGCUUGAGGACCGGAGUUGAGAACCACUACGCUAAAUCUUAAACUCACACACACACACACACACACACACACAACACACACACACACAUUCACACACAGACACGCACACACACACCAGGCAAGUGCACACACUAACACACACACACUGUCACCCACACCCGUCGGCAUAAGACAGUGAGGUACUGGAGAGAGGCGGUACGCAGCAUGUCUGGACCAGAGCACCAGGCGCUACAGAAGUGUGUUUUUAUUUUCUAUGUUUUCGACUUCUUUUGAUUUGUUUUUUUAUUUUUGUAAACAAUUUCUAAAAAAUAAAACAGACAAGCAAGCAAACAAAAAAAACACCCCUGAAUAUUCUUUGCACUGUUUUUUCCACUAUUGACGGCAAUCUAUUUUUCUUAUGAAUUGACGGUGUAUUUUGUUUAUCUAUUAUUGCUAAUGUAAGAACUGUAAAACAUCCGGAACCCUGCAGUAUAUUAAUGUACAAGUAUUGCUGUUAGAUCAUUCUUAUUGUGAUGGUUAAAAAAAAAAAAUACAAAACAAAAAAACGUUCUUGUAAGUCUAUGCUUGAUAUGUCAUCCAUGUGCGUCAGACAUCACACUGUCAUUAGGCGGGGAGAGGAAGACGGCCCGCUGGAAAACCACACUCACUCAAGCAGCCUGCUUCGGAUCGGUUUCCUCAUCAUCGCAGGACAGUUUUUGCUUUGUCUCGGAAGUCUCUUUAUCUUUUGGGGGUCCUCUGUUCAGAGAAUAUAAUCACAGGAAAAAAAAAAACUUCUCAAAUUUGCUACUCGAUAAAUAUUUUAAAAACGAGUUUUGACAGGAUUGUAAAAUAAGAAGAAGAAAAA